GGCGAGUGCGGCUUGCAGCUUUGCGGUGACGCUCCCAGAAUUCGGUGCGCGCAGCCGGUGGGGCCGGAACUGCCGACGGUGCCUCUGCGGAGCCAGUCGCCGAGCGGCUCCGGAGCGAGCCCAGCUGCCAAGGCAUCGCAUUGUCCAGAAAGGACCUGUGCGGCUGUCUCCCACUCUGCUUGACGCUGCGAACCUGGCUGCUCGCCGAAGGCUCCAAGACCAGGCGAAGAUGGCCUCUGUGCCAGUAUAUUGCCUCUGCCGGCUGCCUUACGAUGUGACCCGCUUCAUGAUCGAGUGUGACAUGUGCCAGGACUGGUUUCACGGCAGUUGUGUUGGUGUCGAAGAGGAGAAGGCUGCUGACAUCGAUCUCUACCACUGCCCCAACUGUGAGGUCUUACAUGGGCCCUCUAUUAUGAAAAAACGCCGUGUGUCAUCGAAAGGGCAUGAAACACAAAAGGGGAAGCCAGUGAAGACUGGGAGCCCUACGUUCAUUCGAGAACUCCGGAGUAGGACCUUUGACAGCUCAGAUGAAGUGAUUUUGAAGCCCACUGGAAAUCAGUUGACUGUGGAAUUCCUUGAAGAGAAUAGCUUCAGUGUGCCCAUCCUAGUCUUGAAGAAGGAUGGAUUGGGGAUGACACUUCCCUCACCAUCAUUUACUGUGAGAGAUGUGGAACACUAUGUUGGUUCUGAAAAAGAGAUUGAUGUAAUUGAUGUGACCCGUCAGGCUGACUGCAAGAUGAAGCUUGGUGACUUUGUGAAAUAUUAUUACAGUGGAAAGAGGGAGAAAGUCCUCAAUGUCAUUAGUUUGGAAUUCUCUGAUACCAGACUUUCCAAUCUUGUGGAGACACCCAAGAUUGUUCGGAAGCUAUCAUGGGUGGAAAACUUGUGGCCAGAGGAAUGUGUCUUUGAGAGGCCCAACGUGCAGAAGUACUGCCUCAUGAGCGUGAGGGAUAGCUAUACAGACUUCCACAUUGAUUUUGGUGGCACCUCAGUCUGGUACCACGUGCUCAAGGGGGAGAAGAUCUUCUACCUGAUCCGCCCAACAAAUGCCAACCUAACUCUCUUUGAGUGCUGGAGCAGCUCUUCUAAUCAGAAUGAGAUGUUCUUUGGGGACCAGGUGGACAAGUGCUACAAGUGUUCUGUGAAGCAAGGACAGACACUUUUCAUUCCUACAGGAUGGAUCCAUGCUGUGCUGACCCCUGUGGACUGCCUUGCCUUUGGAGGGAAUUUCUUACACAGCCUUAAUAUUGAAAUGCAACUCAAAGCCUAUGAAAUUGAGAAGCGACUGAGUACAGCCGACCUCUUCAAGUUUCCCAACUUUGAGACCAUCUGUUGGUAUGUGGGAAAGCAUAUCCUGGACAUCUUUCGAGGUUUGCGAGAGAACAGGAGACACCCUGCAUCCUACCUGGUCCAUGGCGGCAAAGCCCUGAACUUGGCCUUUAGAGCCUGGACAAGGAAAGAAGCUCUGCCAGACCAUGAGGAUGAGAUCCCAGAGACAGUACGGACUGUACAGCUCAUUAAAGAUCUGGCUAGGGAGAUCCGCUUGGUGGAAGAUAUCUUCCAACAGAACGUUGGGAAGACAAGCAAUAUCUUUGGGCUGCAGAGGAUCUUCCCAGCUGGCUCCAUUCCCUUAAGCAGACCAGCCCAUUCUACUUCAGUAUCCAUGUCCAGGCUGUCACUUUCCUCCAAAAGUGAUUCAAAGAAGAAAGGCCUGAAGUCCAAGGAACUCUUCAAGAAGGCAGAGCAAAAGGGCAAGGAGAGCUCAGCCUUGGGGCCUGCUGGCCAAUUGAGCUAUAAUCUCAUGGAUACAUACAAUCAUCAGGCACUGAAGACAGGCUCUUCCCAGAAAGCAAAGUUCAACAUCACUGGUACCUGCCUGAAUGACUCAGAUGAUGACUCGCCAGACUUGGACCUUGAUGGAAAUGAGGGCCCACUGGCCCUAUUGAUGGCUAAUGGCAGUACCAAGAGGAUGAAAAACUUAUCAAAGUCUCGGCGAGCCAAGAUUGCAAAGAAGGCAGAUAAGGCUAGGCUGGUGGCGGAACAGGUGAUGGGGAAUGAAUUUGAUUUGGAUUCAGAUGAUGAACUGCAGAUUGACGAGAGAUUGGGAAAGGAGAAGGCGACCCUGAUAAUAAGACCAAAAUUUCCCAGAAAGUUGCCACGUGCGAAGCCUUGCCUACCCAACCGAGUUCGUGAACCAGGAGAAGUUGAGUUUGAUAUUGAGGUAGGAACCUGCCCUAUGUUUAGUCUUCUGUCCAUUCUGGUGUAUUUCCCAGAGAUAGCAGAAAGUUGGAUUCUGUUUCUAAUCCAGCAUUCUACUCUGUGUCUUUUGAUUGCCCGUGUGACCCCAACUCUACCAAAGCAGGACCGUCCUGUGCGUGAGGGGACCCGGGUAGCUUCCAUUGAGACAGGCUUGGCUGCAGCAGCUGCGAAGCUGGCCCAGCAGGAGUUGCAGAAAGCCCAAAAGAAGAAAUAUACUAAGAAGAAACCUUCAUUGAAGGAGGUAGAACAACCUCGCCCUCAGGAGUCCAAUCUCAGCAUGGCAGCACCAGCCCCAACACUGGCUGCUAUACCCCAGCUUCUCACCUCCUCCUUGCCCCUGCCACCUCCUGAGCCUAAACAAGAAGCCCUUUCUGGAAGUCUUGCUGACCAUGAAUAUACUGCUCGCCCCAAUGCCUUUGGCAUGGCACAGGCAAACCGCAGCACCACACCCAUGGCCCCCGGUGUCUUCUUGACCCAGCGUCGCCCUUCAGUUGGAUCCCAGAGCAAUCAAGCAGGACAAGGAAAGCGUCCCAAAAAGGGCCUGGCCACAGCAAAGCAGAGACUCGGCCGUAUCCUAAAAAUCCACAGAAAUGGCAAACUCCUUCUGUGAACCUCCUUUUGUGCUGCCCCUCACCCCUUCACCCCCACUGCCUUCUCAUUGUCAAUUCUCGGGGCACUCCUGGAUCUUAUCUGCCCCGGACAAGGUGCUGAGGCGCAUUGUCCUGCUUUCUUGGAACUGACCAAAGGCAUGGACUCCCCGCAGACCCUUCACCAACUCCCCCAGUUCCCUUCCCCACUUCCACUAGAGCAUCCUGCCUGCCUUCUCCAUAUCUCUGAGUAGCAGGUGAAUGGGAGAAGUUUCUAGCAGAGUAGAACCCUUUUUGCUGCUGCCCCAACCCAUGUCCUUUUCACUGACCUUGUCUGUCCUUUACUCUUGUCCCCACCUAGAGCUGGAAGGCAGGACAAGGAAAGGCAUGAGAGCCUGGGUCCCUGACUGUUUCCCUGGUUAUGAAGUGGGCCCAUUGCUCAGUACUUUCCACAACUCCAGCCCUGUCUCUAGAGGCCUGCCCACCUCUGCCCAUUCUUCCUUCCCCUCUCUCCCCUUAGUGACUGUGACCUGUCUUCAGACCUAUCCCUGGGAAAAGGAUCUGACCUCUGCCCCCUCUUGCCAAAUGCUUCAUGAAAAUAAAGAGGAGGGCCCACAGUCCCCUUAUUGACCCACUGCAGGCCAUUUCCAGUAGCCUAGAAAGGCCAUUGGUUUACUUCACUCAUCUUUGGGAAGAAGGGAGAUUCCUGUCACUUCUGAAGGUGGGGAGAGGACAGAUACCCAAGUUUUCAAUAUUACUUUGUAGCCCACUGGAGGAAGCUACUUUGGGGUGGCUAUAGAUGAUGCCCAAAUCCCCAGAUGAACUCUCAGGAUUAGCCUGAAUAUUAUGGUCCUACAGAAUAUUAUCCACCUGGCUGUGGCUGGACUCCAGCAGGUGAAAAACCAUCUCCUAGAAGCCUGAAAGCACCUGUCACUGAAGCAAAUAACCAUGGACCUGUGGCCUGCUCCCUUCACCUGUACCACAGAAAAUAGUUUGGACUUUCUGAAGAGGAUGUGCCAGGACAUCUCACCCCUGGGUUCUACAUGGGGAGCCUCCUCGCUUCUUUCUCCACCUGAAGACAACCUCAGAAUUCAUAUAGUCACUCCUGGGCCUUUGUACUCCUGGAUGUCAGGUCAACACUCCAGCAGAGUACAGAUGGGCCACCUAGAGCCUGAGCCUAGGAGAGGAGACAGCCAUCUGCGAAGGAGCAGAUCAUCUGACCUGUCCCACCCCUCUACCCUUCAGGGAUGUCUCUAUUGUCCAGACAGUGCCCAUUCCCUCUUUAGCUCCCCCAGCUCCCUCCAUCUCUGCUGGUCUUGCCUCCCUGGUAUCCUAGAGUGGAUGGAGAAUACCUCCCCUACUCCAAUUUGGUACUGCCCAAGUAGAACAUGUCCUUACCCUCUAUUCCCCACUCCAAUCUUCUCCAAGUUUGCACAGUGCUUCUGGGAACUUAACAGCUACCAUGCAGGCCACAGAAAAUACGUGAGGCUUCCCUUGUCAUCUUGGUGUCUAUAGUUUAUCUUUCUUUUCUCCACAGCCCCACAUUUACUGUCCUUCCUUGAAAUCAGGUCCCUUAACCCCAUUUACUUUUUCUAUUUUGGGGAUCUCAGGGGCCAAGCAGUCCUCCAUCUAGUCACACCAAAGGCAAAAAGCCUGACUACCUCCCUCCUAACACAUGAGGUUCCCCCCUCCCCUCCCCUCUGUUUCCACCCAGCUUUGCUUUUCUUGGGGAUUUCAAGGCAACAGGGGGUACUGAGCAGGGAAGAGGGCAACCUGUGUUCCUGUGUAGGCAACUGCCUAACUAGGUUCUGACUGCUAUCACCAAGACCAGGACCCCAGCCCUUCUGCCCAUUAACCACCACCCCUCAUUGAUCUUUCAAAGGCAGCUAAUUGCUAGCAGACCCCUCCUGGUUCUGGCCUCUUUCUUCUGUGUCUUUGUUAGAAGUUUCUGUGGAGCUGAAACCCAACCUCCAUUUCACUGGGUUUCAUUUAGUAUAGUCGGGCUCUCAGAGCCUUCUGUUUGUUUUGUAUUUCAAAUGAAAAGCAAGUUUACCCUCAGAGUUAUGCUUUUCCAAAGAGGCUAAUGAGCUUCCCCUCACCCCCUUGUUUCAGGUUCUAAGUGAAGUGAGUUGGGGAGGGGUAGGGAGUGGUAGUAAUCAAGGUUCAAAACAUGCUGAGUUACCUCUGGUCUCUAAUCCCCAGCACUGAGCUGAGGGUUGGUGAGGGGGCAAGGAGAGAGGAUUUGUAUUCACCCUUAAUAUAUUUUUACAAAAAAGCAAACAAUUUAAAAGCAAGCCCACCGCUUCUGUACAUGUCUAAAUAUAUUUUUAGAAGUGGGUAGGAUUGUGAAUUUCUGAUGCAGGGCCUUUUUAUAAACAGGUUAGAAUAGCAUCAUACAGACUUCUCUGUUGGUUUUUUCCCGAUUUUUUCUUAUGUUGUGUUACUAAUGUAAUUUAUAUUUUUUUUUAGAUCCUCCCUUUCCUAUAGAGAUAAAAGUGAUUUAU